AUGAGUGGAGUGGUUGGGGUGUGUGUACUGGGGGCUGGCCAAGAUGUGGGCAGAUCUUGCGUUAUUGUUACUAUAGGCGGCAGAAAGGUCAUGUUUGACUGCGGUGCGCACUCUGGAUACAAUGACAAUAGGAGGUAUCCUCUAUUUUCGUUAUUGGAAUCUAAAGAAUCCCCUAUUACAGUGAAUUCCAGCAAUAAAACUGAAAAAAUAUCAAAUUUUGACAUCGAUUGUAUCAUACUAACUCAUUUUCACAUCGAUCAUUGUGGAGCUCUGCCUUAUUUUACUGAAAACUUAGGGUACGAUGGACCCAUCUUAAUGAGUUAUCCUACCAAAGCACUAACUCCUAUUCUGCUAAAAGACAGCUGCCGAGUACAAUCCCUGAAACAUACGAAAAAGAAUCCUAUAAUGGACAGUGAUAAAUCUUUCAUGGCGUUACUUAACGAAAAUCCAGCUGCCUCAUACGAAGAAUCACUCAAUUUCACUGAGCAAAGUGUUGAAAAAUCGUUGUCUCGUGCUAUACCACUACAACUGCACUCUGAUACCCAUAUUGGCGAUUUGACAAUUAGGCCUUACUAUGCAGGGCAUGUCCUUGGGGCAUCAAUAUUUGCCGUAAGAUAUAAAUCUCAACUUGUUGUAUACACAGGCGACUUCAAUACGAUGUCUGAUAAACAUUUGGGACCGGCAAAGAUACCUAAGCUGGAGCCAGAUGUGUUGAUCUGUGAAAGCACAUAUGCCACCAUUGUACGUCCAUCAAGGAGAUCAGCGGAAGUGGAAUUAUGCAAAGCGGUUAAAGAUACGUUGGAUCAUGGGGGUAAAGUGCUGAUACCCGUGUUUGCUGUAGGCCGUGCCCAAGAAUUAGCGAUCAUUUUGGAGUGUUUUUGGAAGCGAGUAAAUUUGAACUAUCCCAUAUAUUUCGCUGGUGGUAUGUCAGAAAGGGCAUCUACAUAUUACAAAUUACACUCGUCAUGGGCUUCAGAUGGGCAAUUGUUUGAAUCUACUUUGAUAAGCGCCUUUGAUCAUGACUUUAUCAACGAGAAGCGGCCAAUGGUUUUAUUUGCUACACCUGGAAUGUUGAAUGGAGGGUUAUCUCUUAGUGUAUGCAAGGCUUGGGCACCAGAUCCCCAUAAUUUAAUAAUAAUUCCAGGCUACUGCAUCCAAGGGACGGUGGGCAAUAGACUCAUUAUGGGUGAGAAGUUGAUUAAGACCGUCAAUGGUGUAAUUGAUAUCAAGUGCAAGAUUAGAUACUUAUCAUUUUCCGCCCAUGCUGAUUCUGCUGGCAUUCAACAGUUUAUCAACCAUGUAAGUUUAAUUAUAACAUAUAUUCGGCCAAAAAACAUUAUUUUGGUGCACGGGGAGAGGGAUGGAAUACAAAAAUUUGCCAGGCACAUAAAAUCGGAAUUCGGCAUACCAGUUUUCUGCCCUCAAACAGGCCAAUCAAUUACAAUAAAAACGGAAUCUAGUGAUCCAGAUGAAAAAGUAUGGGUGGAUUAUCAACUUUAUAAUAGCGUGGUAGAUAAGCUGGCCCAUCAAAACCCGACCCUGACUAGGAUCGUUAAAAGUUGGUCUCAAUCCCUAGAUCUAUCUUCCAAUGAUGCAAACGAAAUUCUCGCUAGAUCGCAAGAAUUAGAUAUAUCAAGUAUACAUGCAGUAGCACUGCGUGUAAAUAAUUUACCGUGUUUGUUUUCAGAAAUGACUCUAAUCAAUAGUGCUUUGACUGAGUAUAAUAAGCAACAAGUAUCACCAAAGGAGCCCAAGUUUGAUGUAAAAUCUAUAUGGCAAACUAGCGAAAUAGAAUGUGAUAUUGAUGUGUGGAACAGUGCAUUGAUGAAACUAUCAAACAAUUCCCAAUUAUACCACACCGCACAUACAUUGCACAUUACCGAGGAACGCUGCUGGACUGACGGAUUUGAGGCUAACCGCGAUGGCAAAACUGUCACAAUAAAAUGGUUACAGAUACAAGAAACCGGUUCGUCUAUUGCCCCCCAUUGCCAAUAUCUAGGAGAAACCCUUGAACAGUUGCUGAUUGGAUAG